AUGGCUCCGUGGCCUCACAAGAACGGUUCUCUGGCUUUGUGGUCAAAUGUCCCCACAUUGGACCCCAGUGCAGCCAACACGAGUGGGUUGCCAGGGGUGCCAUGGGCAGCGGCAUUGGCUGGGACGUUGUUGGCGCUGGCCACGGUGGGAGGCAACCUGCUGGUAAUCAUAGCCAUAGCCCGCACGCCGAGACUACAGACCAUAACCAACGUGUUCGUGACUUCGCUGGCCACAGCUGACUUGGUAGUGGGACUCCUCGUAAUGCCACCGGGAGCCACUUUGGCACUGACUGGCCAUUGGCCCUUGGGUGCAACUGGAUGCGAGCUGUGGACGUCGGUGGACGUGCUCUGUGUAACCGCCAGCAUCGAGACCCUGUGCGCCCUGGCUGUGGACCGCUACCUAGCUGUCACCAACCCUCUGCGUUAUGGCACACUGGUUACCAAGCGCCGAGCUCGGGCGGCGGUGGUCCUGGUGUGGAUCGUGUCCGCCACCGUGUCCUUUGCGCCCAUCAUGAGCCAGUGGUGGCGCGUAGGGGCUGACGCCGAGGCGCAGGAGUGCCACUCCGAUCCGCGCUGCUGUUCCUUCGUCUCCAACAUGCCCUACGCGCUGCUCUCCUCCUCCGUCUCCUUCUACCUUCCGCUCCUGGUGAUGCUCUUCGUCUACGCGCGAGUGUUCGUCGUGGCUAAGCGUCAGCGGCGUUUACUGCGCCGGGAGCUGGGCCGCUUCCCGCCUGAGGAGUCUCCGCGGGCUCCGUCGCGCUCUCCGUCCCCUGUCACAGGCGGGACAGGCUUAGCUCCGGAUGGAGUGCCCUCCUGCGGCCGGCGGCCGGCGCGGCUCCUGCCGCUUCGGGAACACCGCGCCCUGCGCACCUUAGGUCUCAUUAUGGGCAUCUUCACUCUGUGCUGGCUGCCCUUCUUCCUAGCUAACGUACUGCGCGCCCUCGCCGGGCCCUCUUUGGUUCCCAACGGGGUUUUCAUCGCCCUCAACUGGCUGGGCUAUGCCAACUCCGCCUUCAACCCGCUCAUCUACUGCCGCAGCCCGGAUUUCCGCGACGCUUUCCGCCGUCUUCUGUGCUGUUGCGGUGGCCGCGGGCGGGAGGAGCCACGCGCUGUCGCCUUCCCAGCCAGUCCCGCGGGAGUCACAGCGGCUCGGGCCAGCUCAGCCGAGUUCAGGCAGAGCCGGCCUCUCAACAGGUUUGGUGGCUAUGGAGGUGAGCGGCCAUUUCCCCCAUGAAGGACCACCGAGAUCCAGCAAGGAACCUGACUUCUGGGAGUUUUCGUGUUUCUUUUGGGGGGAGGGGUUGUUUUGUUUUGCUUUUGCCAGAAAAACAAGAAACGACUCCAUGGAUGCAGAAUUUUGAUAACGCCCCUAAUUUCUACUCAGAGUGAGUCCCAGGCUGAAAACCUCAUCUCUCCGGAGCCUCCUAACUAGACUGCAAGAUGCCCUGCAAAGGGGAACUCUUACCGAGUGGGUUUCACCAGAAGACCCACCUUGAACUCCACUACUACCUCAGCAGCUGGGAUGUCAGGACACCUGUGCCUGGCUGCCCUGGAAGCAGCCCUACGGCUUUGAAAGGAUGUCCAUCACCCUGCUUGUGUAUCUGUACUGUGCGCUUAGGGCAAAGAAAGCACCCCUACCUACCUCCCUUCUUUCUGCUUUCCUGACCCCAGUAAGCAGCUUGUGAUUCUGCGUCUCUGGUUGGUUUGAGGGCAGGAAGCCAGGGAAAAAAACAACCAAGUUUGAGGUUUUGCCCCAUGGCUCUCUCAGACCAUAUCUUGCGUUCCGCACAAACCAGCUCUG